UAGCGACUUCCGGCAGUGUUUCGCUGCUGCCUGCCCAGCGGCCUGGCACGGUUGUGGCGUUAGUGCGCAGGCCUGCUGCGGCCUCUGUGCUCCUCGUCUGGCGUCCCGAGCUCUCUGGAGCCUGACGAGGAUCCGGGCGGCUCCGCUGCUCCCGGUUCCCGGCGUCCGCCCGCCUGCGGAGGGCCGGUUCCUGGGAGCCGCGCGUGCACGUCCUCCUCGUCGUCCUCCCGGGGCCGGGCGCGGGGACAGUGGGCUCCCCAGCUCCUUAGAGCGGAGGCAGCAGGGACGCCCGCGGACUGCCCUUCCUGAGGGUGCUCGGAGACGAGUAGUUCAAAAUGUCAAAAAUUAGGAGGAAGGUCACAGUGGAAAACACCAAGACCAUAUCUGAGAGUACGUCAAGAAGACCUAGUGUAUUUGAGAGACUUGGACCCAGCACUGGCAGCACUGCAGAGACACAGUGCCGUAACUGGCUGAAGACUGGCAGCUGCCUCUAUGGAAACACUUGUCGUUUUGUGCAUGGCCCUUCACCUCGUGGGAAAGGUUACAGCAGCAGUUACAGAAGGUCACCGGAAAGACCUACAGGUGACCUCAGAGAAAGAAUGAAGAAUAAGCGUCAGGAUGUGGACACUGAAUCCCAGAAACGGAACACAGAGGAGUCCUCCUCACCUGUUAGGAAGGAAUCCUCAAGAGGGAGACAUAGAGAUAAGGAAGACAUAAAAAUUGUUAAGGAGAGAACUCCAGAAAGUGAAGAAGAAAAUGUAGAAUGGGAGACUAACAGAGACGAUUCUGACAAUGGAGAUAUUAAUUAUGAUUAUGUUCAUGAGUUGUCAUUGGAAAUGAAGCGUCAGAAAAUACAGAGAGAAUUAAUGAAGUUGGAACAAGAAAACAUGGAUAAGAGGGAAGAAAUUAUCAUUCAAAAGGAGGUUUCCCCAGAAGUUGUUAGAUCAAAAUUGUCUCCAUCGCCUUCUCUGAGAAAGUCCAGUAAAUCGCCAAAGCGGAAGUCAAGCCCCAAGGCAUCUUCAGCUGGCAAGAAAGAGAGGAAGGCUGCUGUGGUGGCUUCCCCACUGCUGGACCAGCAGAGGACUUCAAAAAGCAACCAAAGUAAAAAGAAAGGUCCACGUACUCCUAGUCCACCUCCUCCUAUACUAGAAGAUAUCAUUCUGGGGAAAAAAUACAAAGAAAAGUAUAAAGUGAAAGACAGGAUAGAAGAAAAACCAAGAGAUGGAAAGGACAGAGGACGGGAUUUUGAAAGGCAAAGAGAAAAAAGAGACAAGCCAAGGUCUUCCUCCCCAGGACAGCACCAUUCUCCUCUGUCUUCUAGACAUCAUUCAUCCUCCUCACAGUCAGGAUCAUCGAUUCAGAGACACUCUCCUUCUCCUCGUCGGAAAAGAACUCCUUCCCCAUCCUACCAGCGGACUUUAACUCCUUCUUUACGUCGUUCUGCCUCUCCUUAUCCAACACAUUGUCUGUCAUCACCUCAGAGAAAGCAGAGUCCUCCAAGACAUCGCUCCCCGAUGCGAGACAAAGGGAGGCAUGAUCAUGAACGGACUUCACAGUCUCAUGAUCGGCGUCACGAAAGGAGGGAAGAAACUCGAGGCAAAAGGGAUAGAGAAAAGGACACCAGAGAAGACCGAGAGUCUGAGCACGACCACAGGGAUGACAGAGAACCUCGAGACAGCCGAGACCGGAGAGAUACUAGAGACCGUAGGGAACUGAGAGACUCCAGAGACAUCCGGGACUCCAGAGAGUUGAGGGACUAUGGCAGAGAUACCAAGGAGAGCCGUGAUCCUAGAGAUUCCCGGUCAGCUCGGGAUGUGCAUGACUAUAGAGACCGUGAGGCUCGGGAUGUCCGUGAAACUCGGGAUGUCCGGGAUGUUCGGGAAGUUAGAGAUGUUCGUGAAGUUCGGGAAGCUCGAGAUGUGCGCGAUGCACGGGAUGUUCGCGAUGCGCGGGAUGCUCGCGAUGUUCGGGAUGCUCGUGAUGUUCGCGAUGCUCGUGAUGGUCACCGGAAGGAGGAUGUGUACCAAGAAGAAGCCCGCAGUUACAGCAGAAACCACAUGAGAGAGGAGAGUACUCGAGUUGAGCUAAGGAAUGAUUCUAGAAAUGAGUCUCGAAGUGAAAUUAGAAAUGACCGGAUGGGCAGAAGUAGGGGGAGAGGUCCAGAAUUGCCUGAAAAGGGAAGUCGAGGCACAAGAAGUUCCCAAAUGGAUAGCCACAGUAGCAGCAGCAACUACCAUGACAGCUGGGAAACACGCAGCAGCUACCCUGAGAGAGACAGAUACCCUGAGAGAGACACCCGAGAUCAAGUCAGGGAUUCUUCCUUUGAGAGAAGGCAUGGAGAAAGAGACCGUCGGGACAACCGAGAACGAGAUCAAAGACCAAGCUCACCUAUCCGACACCAGGGAAGGAGUGAGGAGCUUGAGCGCGAUGACAGAAGAGUAGACAGAGUGGACGAGAGAAGAGAUGAGCGGAUGAGAGACAGAGACAGAGACAGGGACCGGGAGCGGGAACGGGAGCGAGAGAGAGAGCGGGAGCGCGAUCGGGAGCGAGAAAAAGAAAGAGAACGAGAACUAGAAAGAGAGCGGGCUAGAGAGCGGGAGAGAGAGAGAGAGAAAGAGAGGGAGAGGGAGCGAGAACGAGAGAGAGAUCAGAGGGAUCGUGACCAUGAUCGAGAGCGAGAAAGAGAGAGGGAGCGGGAGAGGGAAAAAGAACGGGAGCGGGAGAGAGAGGAAAGAGAGAGGGAAAGAGAGCGGGAACGGGAGCGGGAGAGAGAACGAGAGCGGGAGCGAGAAAGGGCAAGAGAAAGAGAAAAAGAACGCGAACGGCAAAGAGAAUGGGAAGACAAAGACAAGGGACGCGAUGAGCGCAGGGAGAAGCGCGAGGACAUCCGAGAGGACCGGAACCUCAGAGACUGCCACGAGGAGAGGAAGUCCAAGAAACGCUACAGAAAUGAAGGGAGUCCCAGCCCCCGGCAGUCCCCCAAGCGCCGGCGGGAGCAUUCUCCUGACAGUGACACCUACCACAGUGGAGAUGACAAAAAUGAAAAGCAUAGACUCUUGAGCCAGGUUGUACGGCCACAAGACUCUCGUUCUCUCAGCCCAUCUCACCUCACAGAAGACAGGCAGAGUAGGUGGAAAGAGGAGGAUCGUAAAUCAGAAAGAAAAGAGAGUUCGAGGCGCUAUGAAGAGCAAGAACUCAAAGAGAGGAUUUCUUCUGGCGAUAGGCAAAGAGAGCAAGGUGAAAACAUGGACAGCUCAAGAGCUCGUGCACAAGACCUGAUUAGCCACCGCCAGCCCGAAGACCGGGACCGGGACCGGGACCGAGAUGUGUCUGAUCGUGCCCACGAUGAAAAGAAAAAAGCCAAAGUUCCGAAGAAACCUAUUAAGAAAAAAAAGGAGGAAGAUGGACUAGAAAGGGGCAACCUCGAGACAUCUGAAGAUGCUCAAGUGUUUUCACCCAAAAAAGGACAGAAGAAGAAAAACGUUGAGAAAAAGCGUAAAAGAUCCAAAGGUGAUUCUGAUGUCUCUGAUGAAGAGGUGGCCCCACAGAGCAAGAAGAAGAGAGGUCCACGCACGCCCCCUCUUGCUGUCAAGGAGGAGUUGAUUGACAUUUCCACUGAUAAGGAUGGCAUGCUCGAGGAUCCACUGAAGAAAGAAGAUACAGCCUUUAGUGACUGGUCGGAUGAGGAUGUGCCUGACCGCACCGAGGGCAUGGAGCCUGAGCACACUGCAGCCACCGCCACCCCGGGUAGUACCCCUUCCCCUCUGUCCUCUCUCCUCCCUCCUCCACCCCCUGUGGCUGCUGCCAGUACUGCAGCUGCUGCUCUUGCUGCCUCGGCUACUGCUGCUGCCACCUCUGCCAUCAUUUCCAGCUCUGCUACCACCUCCAGUGCCAGUGUCCCUGAAGACUCACAUAGAAAAUGCCACAGGACACGGGUGGAGAAAGUCGAGGCAUCUCAUGUGACCCUAGAAGAUACACCACAUCGCAAGCUGGUGGAUCAAAAGAGGAGCAGCAGCCUUGGGAGCAAUCGAAGUCACCGCAGCCACACCUCUGGUCGCCUGCGCUCCCCAUCUAAUGACUCUGCCCAUCGAAGUGGGGACGACCAGGGCAGUCGAAAGAGAGUGCUGCAUAGUGGCUCUAGAGACAGAGAAAAAACAAAAAGCCUAGAAAUCACGGGAGAAAGAAAGUCUAGGAUUGAUCAGUUAAAGCGUGGAGAACCCAGUCGAAGUGCUUCUUCAGAUCGCCAGGAUUCCAGAAGCCACAGCUCAAGAAGAAGCUCCCCUGAGUCAGAUCGGCAGGUCCAUUCCAGGUCUGGGUCAUUUGACAGUCGAGAUAGACUUCAAGAGCGAGAUAGGUAUGAGCACGACCGGGAGAGGGACCGAAGAGACCCGAGGCAGAGGGAAUGGGACCGGGAAGCCGAUAAAGAGUGGCCACGGACCAGAGACCGAGAUCGACUGCGGGAACGAGACAGAGAUCGAGACAAAAGGAGAGACUUGGACAGAGAAAGAGAAAGACUGACCGCUGACCUUGUGGACAGGGACAGAGACCGAGAUAGAACUUUUGAGACUUCUCAGUCAGAAUCUGUGAAACGCAGUGAAGCCAGACUGGAGAGUGAGCACGAAAGAGGCCUUGAUGGCAGUUCCCGGGACUCAGCCGUGGACAAAGAAAGAAUGGAUAGAGACCUGGGCUCUGUGCAGGGGUUUGAAGAUGUGAGUAAGGCUGAGAGAGCAGAGAGUCCGGAAGCAGGAGAUGAUGAGUCCAAGUUAGAUGAUGUACAUUCGUUAGGAUCUGGUGCUGGGGAAGGAUACGAACCCAUCAGUGAUGAUGAACUAGAUGAAAUUCUGGCCGGGGACCCAGAAAAGAGAGAGGACCCUCAGGAAGAGGAGAAGAUGCCAGAUCCAUUAGAUGUGAUAGAUGUGGACUGGUCUGGACUUACGCCAAAGCAUCCAAAAGAACCAAGAAAGCCUGGCGCUGCCCUCUUAAAGUUCACCCCUGGAGCUGUCCUACUGCGCGUUGGGAUUUCUAAAAAGUUGGCAGGAUCUGAGCUGUUCACUAAAGUGAAAGAAACGUGUCAGCAACUUCUAGAAAAGCCCAAAGAUGCAGAUGGCCUUUUCGAACAUGAACUAGGGGCCCUCAACAUGGCUGCUCUACUUCGAAAAGAAGAACGAGCGAGUCUUCUUAGAGACCUGGGACCAUGUUGUAAAGCAUUAUGUUUCAGAUGGGAUUCUGCAAUCCGGAAGCAGCUUGUGAAGAACGAAAAGGGAACUGUGAAGCAGGCGUACACAAACACUCCAAUGGUAGACAACGAGCUACUUCGGCUGAGUCUUAGGUUAUUUAAGAGGAAGACCACUUGUCAAGGCCCUGGACAAGAAAAGACUGAAGACAGUAAGUUAGCACCGUCCAGUAUCCAGCAGGAGCUGUGCGUGUCCUAGGCAAAAGUUUGGGCAGUCCUUUGGUUCUGUCUUCAACAGUGCACAAUCUUUCUUGAAGUUCUUCAGUUUGAAAACAUUGCUAAUGUAGAGAUAGAAGAUUCAGCAGCCACACCAGGAGGGAAGAACUUCGAUCUUCAGAGACAUCAGUUUUGGUUCAUUUAAAAUUUUACAUUAAUUUUUAUACUGUACUGGACACCCAGCCAAAAAUAAUGUGAAAGCAUCUAGAUUUAGUAAUUCUGUCUGAGUCUUCAUUAAAAUUGAAGAUUUGAGGAAACCAGCUCAUCCCUGCUCCUCUGGUCUGUGAAUACUUUCUGUGAAAUGAAAGCACUGGUUUUUAUUCUGGAUCAUCAUACAGAACUGACUAGCCCAAAAGAUGCGUUGAUGGGAGCUGCCGCACAUGCUGCGGUGCCUUGUGGGGAACACUGAGGGAAUGCAGGUCUAAGGUGUGCGCCUGGAGGCAGUCUCCACCAUGAGGAACCUGAGUGGGGUUUUUCGUUUCUCCUUUGGAAAUUCUAAAAUAAAUGACUCCAUGGGAUUUUUUUUUAACCAAUGUACAUUGCUACAUUGUAUAUUGGAAGUCUUUGGAUUCCUGAGUGGGGUUUAAUUGUUCAUUAUCAGAGACUGUGCUAUUUUAUUUUUAAUAAAUGUAUGUUCCCUUUC